AUGGCCGUCGCAAGACCCAUUCGCAUGCUGGGUGCUGCAUGCAUCAUCCUGUGUCUCUUCCUGAUCUUCCAGAUGAACAAUAAGGGGCCCUCCGCCAUCAUCACUAAGGGGCCAUAUGAGGGCAUGAAACGAGACCCCCUUCUCGACCCAACCGGAGAACCCGAGGGUGAAUUGUGGCGCGCAGAGGAUCACGACUAUGAUCCGGACAGCCCCAACUCUGCCCGCGUCCCCGCCGCCAUCAUCUCUCUGGUGCGCAACGAGGAAUUGGACGAGCUGAUUCCGACGAUACGGGAUCUCGAACGGACAUGGAACAGCAAGUUCAACUACCCGUGGAUCUUCUUCAACGACAAGCCGUUCACCGAGGAAUUCAAGAAGCGGACCAAGGCGGAAAUCAAGGCGAAGACUUUCUACGAGCAAGUACCCAAGGAACACUGGGACGUCCCCGAAUGGAUCAACAUGGACCUCUUCCGCGAAUCCGCCGAAAUCCUGAAAGAGAAGCACAUCCAGUACAGCGACAAGAUCUCGUACCACCAGAUGUGCCGGUGGAAUAGCGGCAUGUUCUACCGCCAUCCCAUCCUCGAAAAAUAUCGCUACUACUGGCGUGUCGAACCCAAGGUCCAAUUCUUCUGCGACAUCGACUACGAUGUUUUCCACUACGUGGCCGACAACAACAUCACCUACGGUUUUACUAUCAACCUUUUCGACGCACCUGAGAGUAUUCCGACUCUCUGGCCCGAGACCAAGCGCUUCCUCGCGGCAAACCCUUCCUACGUGUCCGAGAACAACAUGAUGGCCUGGUUGACCGAUGACCAGCUCCGGCCGGACCACACUCGCGAUGCGAACGGAUACUCGACGUGCCACUUCUGGUCUAACUUCGAGAUCGGUGACAUGGAUUUCUUCAGGGGCGAGCAAUACUCUGCUUAUUUCGAUCAUCUGGAUCGGUCUGGUGGUUUCUUCUACGAACGAUGGGGUGAUGCUCCUGUCCAUUCUAUCGGUGUUGGCUUGUUUGCAGACGCAGCGAAGGUUCACUGGUUCCGUGAUAUCGGAUACCGUCACAUUCCCUACUUCAACUGCCCCAACUCGCCCAAGUGCCACGGCUGCACGCCCGGAAAAUUCUACGCCGGUGAGCCCUUCCUCGCCAAGGAAGACUGCCGUCCUAGCUACUUCAAGCAUGUCGGAAUGCAUUAA